AUCAAUCUUAACAACUCUUCUCUUUACAACAACAACAACAACAACAACAACUAAAAAAAAAAUUAAAAUGUCAUUUUUCGGACACUUAGCAACUUUCUUUACCUUUGCAGCACUUGUACUUCAAGUGUUCUCUAUGAUUGGUUCUACCCACAAUUCUCCAUUUUUACGUGAUCUAUACUUUGCCAAGGUUGACGUCGCAAGUCAAUAUGUGAUCUUUGGUUUAUGGGGUUACUGUACAGGAACAAGUUCCGGUGGUGUCCAAAUGUGUAGCAAGCCUGUCCCUGGAUUUGAUUGGAGUAAGAUCUCUGAGCUUAGCGAAUAUGUCGGUGGAUUGCACAGCUUAGAAAAAUUAUUCCUCGCCAACUUCAUUUUAUACUGGAUUGCAUUAGGCUUCACUUUCAUUGCUUUAAUUGUUACCAUCAUGAGCCACUUCAGACGUGGUCCCGAUCUCUUGGCCUCUAUCAUGACUUUCAUUGCUUUUGUCGUUAUGUUGGUAGUCUUUGUUAUUGUACUCGUGAUCUCUAUUCGUGGUAUUAACACUGCCAAGGGAGUCGAUUCCAGUGUUCAUGGUACUUUAGGCCCUGCCACUUGGAUGACAAUGGGUGCUUUCAUCGCUUUAUUAUUCUCUUCUGUCAAUUACUGUUUCGCAUGUAUUUGCGGUGGUGGCAGAAGAGUCAAAUCCGAAAAGGUCUAAACAAUAACAACCUUCCUUUUUUUUUUAUAUAUUCCACACUAUGUAGAUAACAUGUAUACUAUUUAAACUCCCAUUACUUUUUGUAAUUUACAACCACUACUAAUACUAUUAUUAUUAUAACCCAUUCACAACAAUACUGUUGCUUACUUAUCCUUACCCCUUCCCAAAUUACUCUUUAUACAAAAUAAAAUAAUGUUCAAAUUA